AAAAAUAAUCUUAAUGGUUUUAAGACAAUGUGGAUUCGAUUUAAUGAAGAAACUACUGACAAACAUCAAUUAUUUUUUAAAGAACAUUCGAUUAGAAAUCAAGAAUCAAAACAUCCUAGAGGAAGGACAUUAUUUAUGUUAAAUAUUCCUCCUUAUGUUACAUCAAAAAAUUUAAAGAAGAUAUUUAGUGAUUUGUGUGGAAUUGUUUCAAAUGUUCAUUUUAUAAUUUCUAAGGGAUUCAAAACAGCAUAUAUAAUUUUUGAAAAUGAAUCUGAUUUAGAGAAAGCAUUAGAAAUUUCUGAUGACUAUGUAAUAACAUUAAAUGAUGGGAAGAAUUAUUGUUUAACAGGAAUAAGAAAAUGGUGUAUUGAAUAUAAUCGUUCUGUAUGCAAUGAAAAAAAAAUGAAAAAGGAAAUUGAAACUUAUAUGCAAAAUUAUGAUAAAAGAAUUGCUGAGAAAAUAAUAAAAGAAAAAGUUAUGGAGGAAGAAGUACAAAAUAAUGAUGGUUGGGUAACUGUAACAGGACGAAAAAAGAGAGGACAAUUUGCACUUUCCAGAAAAGAAUCUACAAUUAAUAAAGUACAACAUAAAGAAGAACAAAAAAAUAAAAAAAAACAGUUACUUAACUUUUAUACUUUUCAAAUUCGUGAGAGUAAAAAACAAAAUUUGGCAGAAUUAAGAAAAAAAUUUGAAUUAGAUAAAAAAAGAUUACAAGAUUUAAAAUUAAAGAGAACAUUUAAACCAUUUUAACUUUUUAUGUAUAAUAUAAAAUAUAUUUAAUGAUAGAUAUUUUUAUAAAAUAUAUAUAUCAAAUUAAUUAUAUAAACAUUAAAUAGAUAUUUAUUAUUUUGUUUACAUUUAUAUUAUGACAUUACAUAUUAAAUUUAAAUUUAUUUACAAUUCCAUAAUGAAAAUAAUAAUAAUAAUAGAAAUUAAAUUUAUUAAGCAGCUUUGGAUGCAUAAGUCUGUAAUGUCCAUUCAAUUAAAAAAUGUUGAUAUGAUAGAGGUUGUAACAAAGCCAAUAAUUCUUCUGUAAAAAAAAUAUGAAUAAAUUAAUUUUUAAUUAAAAAUUAAUUUUAUAAUAAAGAA